UGAGGCCAGCAAUUACAACAAAUGGGUAAAAUUGGUAGGAUUAGUUCUGCCAGAAAUAUUUGGGCCAUGCAACAGGUUGUAUCUCUGGAUGAUCUCAAUCAGUUUCAGGAAAUAUUAUAGUUUUCCUCAUAACUAAAGUGAAACAGCCUUCUCAAUCAAACUAAAGAGAAGCCCACUACAACAAUUGAAACUUGAAUGUGAUGUAGGGUUCCAGAUAUAGCACGAUAAUCGGGCACAUUUAAAAGAAAUCUCACUUAAAAAUAUUUUGAUGUGGGACUUUCUCCCAAUUAUGUCACGUCUGUUAAAAGACUUUUUAAAAAAUUCUCUCAAUUUUUAAAAAUUCCUGGCAAGAUUUUCUAACUCAUAUUUUUUCCACCAAUGGGAACCCUGUGAUGUAAGUGACCCGGUAUGUUUAAAGUAACCCUGUUUUACAGUACAUGUUUUCCAUCCUUCACGUUUCGAAAGAAAUGCAACCAAGAUACAAAUGUUUUAAGUCUUCAGUAAAAAACUAAAUCUGUUCAUGCAUAAUUAGGACAGGGUUCCAAUUUAUUGUAUGUAUCUUCUUAUUAAAGAAGAUAAAAGUAUUUUCAGUUUUUUCUUUAAACAUUAGAACUUUUCUCUGAAACUGAAAAUGUCAUAUGUUCAAAAAGAUUGCUCUCAUGUAAUAUUUCAUAGUGUUUCAACACUAUUUGAACUUUGCACAAAUUUUGUCUCUAAUAAUGUAACAGAAAUCCACAAAUCGUUGAAAAACCUUUCAGAAGAACAAAACCAAAUUGUCUUUACUUUGCUUCCACUGAAAAUACCUUUAGAUAUAAGCAUACCAUUAAUAACUGAAGAAGUAUAUUGGAAAAGAAAAUGCCUUGAGAAAGGACAGAGUUAUGUUGAUUAUUGGCUGUCCAACUGCAGCUGGCGAAAAGCUUUUGUUUUCUCUUACGUGGAGUUUCUCUUGGACAGUUGCAUUUCUGGAAAAAUUAGUUUUGCAAAAAUUGAAAAAGAUUUAGCUAUCUGUCAACAACUUUGUCAAAAAUUAAAAAUUAAUGGAUAUAAGUGGAAUUUGUUUGACAAAGUUGAAAGCCCGAUAAAGGAUAGGCAGGUUUUUGAAGAUCAGUUUGAAAAAAUAUUCACUCUCUUGGGUCACCUUGAAGAAUUUGAUAUAAACAUAAUACCUCGAAAUUAUGAAGAUUGUAAUGAGUCGACAAAUGCUAUAGCGGGUAUCUUCCUUUCAAUUCUCGUAAAAAACUUACACAAACUUGAAAAACUGCAAAAAUUCACCAUCAGUGGCACUUACAUGGGAACAAGUGAAAUAAAACACCUGAUGAGUAAUAUAUGCUUAAAAGAACUUCAAGAAUUGAGGCUUUCAUGUUGUUUUAUUUCUGACGUGUCUUGUGAGUCAAUUGCUACACUCCUUUCCUCUUCAAAGUUACAGAAUCUAACUUUGUGUAACAAUAAUAUUGGAAACAUUGGCAUAAGGAAAUUUUCAAUGUCUUUGCAUGAAAAUAACUCACUAACUGAACUAAUUUUGAGUAAAAACUGCAUUGAAAAUGAAGGAGCUGUAAAUCUUGCAGAAUGUUUAAAGACAAAUAAUUGUCUAAAGAAACUUGAUCUUUCCUAUAAUAAGUUUGACCAAGAUUCUGUUCAUGCCUUUUGUAGUCUUAUUCAAAAUAAUAAAGUAUUAUGCUGUCUCAAUUUAUCUGGAAAUUUUAUAGGAGAGGAAGCUGGAAAUGAAGUAACUCAAGCUAUGAAAGGAAAUAAAAACAUAUUGAUUUUUGGUGUGCAGUUCUGUGGAUUCAAAAAGAGUGAUGAAGAUACAAUUAGUUUAACAGUCUUGAAAAAUAAUGAAAAGCAGUAUAAUGAAAUCAUAGAAGACUAAUUCUUUACACAUUCAAGUCGACAAUUAAACACACAAUAUUUUCAACAACCUUUUAUUAUUUUCAUCAAUGUAAAAUCUGCAGAAUUCAAUAAUAUAUAUGUAUUUUAAAUAUUGACACAUUCUGAAUGAUUUAUAAUUUAAUCUAAUUAUAUAGUUUACAGCUUGCUCAUAUCAAUCAUUUUUUAAAAUUUGUUACAAUGAUUUGUAUUUUCUUGUGUGUGUGUGUGUGUGUGUGUGUGUUUUUUUUUUUUUUUUUUUAAUCAUUGAAUUUGAUUUAUACUAAAGUUUCAAAAAAAGUUUUCGUAGUAAACUUAAGACCAAAGCAGUUUAGUCUUAUUUUAUUAUUAUUAUUUUUUUAAUAUUACAUAUUUUAGCAUUUGACCUGCUACAAGUAACUUAAAUCCUUCAUAUUAAAUUGAAACCAUUUGAUUAGGCACAAUUGCAAUGCAAAUUACAUGCCCUCUGAAUAAACCUGAAAAUGCAAAUUUUUAACUAAUCACCAGUAGCCAGUAGACUUUUUAAUUCUUUUAAUUUAGUAGUCACUUUUUUCUGAUUGCUAGCCUCUUCAUACAGUCCUAUUUUUUAGAUGUACAAAAAGGCACUACUCUAAAAAGGCAAUAAGGCAAUCUGUAGAAUAAAAUAUUGUCAUAUGAGACCUAGCUACAAUUUCAUUCAUUUGCAUUUUUUUCCCUUCUUCCCUCCAUCCCAAU